AUGACCGGCGAUGUCAAAAAAAUUCUCUGGCCAGCCGUCAAAGUGAAUAAGACCGUUAUCUGGGGAUGCAACCCUGGCAUGGUUGAAUCGGCUUGGUGGGGGGCUACCCGCAACGAGUUUGGUUCUAUCAGCUGUGUUGAAGUUGGACCAGUGAGGGGUUUCGCUGAUGAUGAGGCAAGCGGAUGA